ACAAGAUAAACGUCGUACUCUCGCUAUCGACUAUCGACACGCGAGCACGUCAACAUUGUUUGUUUACACCGAGUAACAACAAAAAUAUAAUUUUAUCAUUCAGUGCUCAGCCGUUUCCGAGACAGUGUCGAAUAAAUAACUGUGAUGUGUUUUUAUUGACAAAAAUGGAUAACAUUUGCGUGAACGCCCCUGCCCACAAAGGUGUGAGCAGCCUUGAAACAAUGUACACAGACUUCGACGGAUGGGUGACCAGAUUCAACUCGUGUUACAAAAGAUCACCAGAAAUACGCACGACUUCCCGCCAAAAUAAUUCCAGACGUCACGAUGACAGCGACCUCUAUGACAGAGAUUACUUUUUAAACGACUUGCUUCUAAGGCAAAGGCAAUUACGGCGUUCAGCCAGGAGGCCAUGUUUUAAUUUUUAUAAAGAAAACGAUGGAUUUAUAUCCUAUGAUCAUGUUUAUUAUAGAAUUAUGAGCCAAAAUGGUGAUAAAAGUGUUGUUUACCAAUAUAUUCGGUCCAAAUUAUAGUUUAAGCCGUUUGUGAUAUGUUAUCAACUGAUAUAAGACUUUAUCUUUAAGGUGACAGGGUUCAAAAUUCUACAAAUAAGUGUAGAUUAUUAUUUUUUUGUACUUUGAACGAAAAUGUUAUGUCUCUCUUUUAUUUGUAUGUAAAAGGAUAGAGAUAGCUAGAUUGACAUUGAUAAAGGUCUCGAUUUCGAUUCCUGUGUCGAACAAAUUGACUUUAAAUAGACGUUUUGACUGCGAAAUUUUGAUAUUUUUAUUUUUAACGAAAAUUACUGUUGGAACGUACAAAGGUAGUUUCUUUUUGGGGCUGGUAGUCCCAACUUUGACAACAGAAUAACGAUCCGUCACUUAGUCGUAAGAUUUUUUCACCAAUUUUCAACCUUAUGUUCUUGUGAUAAAGUUGAAAAUUGAUUGAAAUAUUUUGACUUAUCGACCGAUUUCUAUCGAUCGAUGGAUCGAUCCAGAAUUCGAGACUACCGACCCUAAAUGCUUGCGAUAUAACGGAUACAUACUAAAAGUAAGCGUCCACAGGCCCGCAUCGCACGCAUCGUACGCAUUCCGUAUGACGUCAUCGGUACGCAUCACAUGUAGGCAUUGCCGAUGAUGCGGUCCGUACGAUGCGGAUCAGUGGACGCAGUUGUAUGAGUUUCUAUACAAGACAAACUAAAAUCCGUUGCGUGCGAUGCGUACGAUGCGGACCUGUGGAUGCGUACCUUAAAACCACUAUUAUACCUAAUUAAAGUAUGUAAUUAAAUAUGUAAUCAAUACAAUAAUUGUGAUAUUAUGGGGUAGAUGUAUAAUUUGUAAAUAAAUAAGUUAGUUUAAGACAAAUAAGAUUUUGUAUAGUGGUAUUUUUUUAAUGUUACAAAUCCGCCACACCCUCUAAAUACGUCUGCAAUAUCAAUACCCUUAGUAUGAGUUUGGUUUACGUUGAAAAAAACUAUGAUUGGUCGGUGCGAAAAAUCCAACCAAUGAAAACGCCGAACGUGCUCUCGAUUCAAUUACUGGUACUGAUUGGUUAGUUUAUUCGAGCCGGCCAAUCAGAGUCCCGAACGCGCUCUCGUUUCGAUUACUUUAAACCUAAAGCAAACUCGUACUAAGGUAACUCAUCCGGGACAUUUCAUUAAAAUCCGUUCAGUAGUUUCAGCGUGAUUGACGGACAAAUAUCCAAACAAACAAACUUUUUACAUUUAUAAUUAUUAGUGUGAUAUUUAACAUAAUAUUACUUACCUUUAUAAAUAUAUAGAGUGACUGGUAAUUAGUGAACGAUAUUUUUUUUUUUUUUAUUAUUUUAUUUAUUUAAAGGGCUUUGUCGCUUGGCGACCAUAUCGCCCAGUGCAGGAAAAACAAAGUUUGGUUACUUAUUACUAGCUUACGAUCUACUUAUCACUAAUUUGUACAAGUGUUGUGCUUUAUCGGACACUGGAAAAGCAAGCAUGGAGUUACAAAGGCCGAUGUCAUUCACUCUUUGCGGACCAAAAAUACUAACCCUAGUAUUUUCAUUCCGGGCACAUUCCAUCAAAAUAUGAAGGACAUCAUCAACCACUCCACAUGAAUCACAGCAUGGUGACGGAACUUUUUUCAUUAAAUAAUUAAACUUAUUUGAUGGAAUA